CUGGGUUGUAACAUAAUGUACACUACUUCAGUAGAUAUUCCACCUGCUUGUGUGUUGGAUCAUCAUAUGUCUCAUUGGGUCAUAAGGAGUCAAUGCUACCUCGCGUGGUGAUAUCUGGGAGUGAAAGGAAAAUAAGAUGCAAGGAAAUUAAAGCCGUCAUGAAAGCCCAUCGAAGAACGCCCCCAGGCAGAACCAAAACCGAACAUGAACUACGCCAAAACAUAUUCUGGAGAUUCCGGCUUCCUCCAGGCACAUACAGCCCCAUGGAAAAUGUAGAAAAAGAAAUAAACAAUCCCUCCUGUAACCCCUUUUAUCGUCGACCAGCAGCCAGCAACAUUGAUUGGUGAAAGCUCAGAACGCCGCAACCCGUCUUCUUGGUCGUUUAUUGUAUGAGAAAGAUGCAUGAGAAAUUGUUG